GCGGCCGCAGUUAGGAGCAGGGGGCGGGCUCCGGUGCGAGGCCUCAGGCCUGCUGCUGUAAUGGAGUCCGAGCAGCCUGACAGCCUGGAGGGUUGGGUAGCCAUUAGGCCCGAUGUGUUCUCUGAGGCGGAGAAGAGCUGCCUGCGGUUCCUUGUGGCCUGGAACGAGGUGGAGGGAAAGUUCGCCGUCACCUGCCACAGCCGGAGCCGUGGGCAGCGGCGGAGUGCGGGAGGCGAGCCCGGGGCUCACGGCAGCUGGGCCGCGCUCUACCGCCCGGAGGAGCUGCGCUGGAUCCACCGGCAGUUAGCGACGAGCUGCUCGGCCCUGGAGCCGUGUUUCCCGGUGCUGCCCGAGCUGAGGGCCCCCGGGCUCUGGGGCCUGCUGUUCCCAGGCCGCUCCUUGGCCGAGGGCCCGGAGGCUGGCGCCGGCCUGGAAACCGCCUGCCGCCAACUGGAGCGGUACCUGGACGGAGCGGCCGAGCUGUGCGGCCGCCGCAUCCUCCUGGAGUCGGUGUUUCCUACCGACUCCGACGGCGAGUAUUUCGAGAAUCUGACCGAGUUCCGGAGGAAAAGCCUGGAGCAACGAGUGUCCCGCGGCCGGGAGAACCUGCGUGAGAUCCUGCACCAACACAGAGCUGCUAAAGAUAUGGUGACCCUUAAAACCAUCUACCAGGAAGAAGACGAGGCCUAUAAUGAACUGGUCAAUGCAGCAACACAGUUUUAUCAGUAUUUACUGCAGCCAUUUCGGGACAUGAGAGAGUUUGCUUCACUCUGUAAACAGGAGGUCUUGAAAUCCUUGGAAUUUGAUGAGUUGGGUCCAAGGAGAAUUCAAAGCCUCGAGAAAGAUGCAGAGGAAUGGUCCAGACGGAUGCAGGAAGCAGUCUGCUCAAUCCAGGACAUCACCGUGGAUUACUUUAAGGAGACUGUGAAAGCGCUUGCUGCUAUGCAGAAACAGAUGGAGGAAGAUCAAAAUCACUUUGGCAAAGCUGCCUGGGCCAAUGUAGCGCCCAGACUGGAGAAACUAAAGCUUAUGUUUGCGAAGGAAACAUUACAACACACUAGAGCGAAAGAACUUUGUCUCAAUCGAAGGAAGGUAGAGAUUCAGCAGAAGAUGGAGCUUUUCGAUAGCCAGGAAAUGCUGGAGACAGUAGAUGGGUUAGAAAUGCAGUAUUAUGAAACACAGCUGGAACUGUAUAGUAUUCAGUUGGAAAUGUUAAAGAAUGAAGAGUUGCUUCUUUUUGCACAGUUGGACACCAUUCGACGCCAGAUCAAAGAAAAAGAGGAGGAGGUGGUUUAUUAUGACACUUGUGAAGAUCCUGAGCAGCUUCAGGCUAAUGACAACCUGGGGUUGACCCAUGACACUCGUUCAGUGGAAAUUAAAAAAAUGUGGCGCCAGGUUCACCAGUUGGAGACCAAACGGGGUCGUAUUUGUGCACGUAGAUCCUACCUGAGAAAUAAGCAGGAUCAGUGUGAGGAAUCUCGGAAAGCAAAGCAGCAGCAAGAACGGGAAAAUCGGGAGCGCAUCCAGCAACAUCACAGUAUCCAACUGAAACGUGACCAGAAAAAGGAAGCGGCUCGAAGGAAGAGGGAGUGGGUAAACCAGGAACGGCAAAAGACUUUACAGCGGCUCCGAGUGUAUAAGGAGAAAUCAUCAGCACAUUUUGUAUUUCAACCUCGUUGCCAAACCCUUGGAGUGGAGCGACAGUUCACACCUUCGCCUGCAGCACCCACUGUGUCUGAUCAGCCAAUGUCCCUCCUGGAUCAAUCCACCAGAAAGAAACCGGUAUCAUCCAGAACUUCAAAACCUGCCAGGAGCAGCCUUCCAACUCCCAACGAUAUUCCAGUGCAAAUCUUCCUGCCACCAGGACAAGCAGAGACACACAGGACUUCCUCGGUGCCUCCUAAAACACUCUCGCCACCAUUUCCCCCUCCCCCUCCACCACCUCCUCCCCCUCCUCCUCCUCCCCCUCCUCCAGGACCUGCCCCUUGUACUUUACUGGGUCACACAAGCACUUUGAUACGUGACAACCAAGGCCAGCCAGUCCUAACUUUGGCAGAGAAUUCAGUGAAGAAAUCCCUGAAGGAAAAUAUAGGAACUAUGGACGAUGUGCUAGCUUCCUUGAAGCGUGGGGAAGUUUUGCUUCGAAAAGUAGAUCAAACAAAGCCGCAAUCUCUUGACAAGGCCGAGGACCUGCGACAGAACAUGCUGGCCUCAAUUCGACAAGGCAUCCGUUUACGAAAAGUCACAGUAGGAGGUAACCUCCCAGUCAGCACUGACCCAACCAAUGAGCUAGAGCGUAGCAUCAAAGCAGCCAUGAAGCGAAUGAAGAAAGUAUCUCCAGAUUCUGAUGAAGAGACAGAUGAUGGCAAUCAGUCUGAAGAGUGGGACAGCUGAGUGAGUGUGUGUGUGAGUGUGAUAGCAAAUUAUUAUUGGUAUCAAAAACAAAGUGAGGGUUUGAGAAAUUAAACUGCCAGCUUGAUUCUGUGCCAAGUGAUUGGAUAAAUGGCGAGGUAAACUUCACCAAAGAACUGUCUGAAAUUCAAAUGUCACAUAUAAGGUUUGGUUUAUAAUUUUGCAGUCUCUGACUUCCCUAGUUUAUUGGAGUGAAAAUAAUCUCACAGUACUGCUGUUUUGAAUCAAGCAAAUAUUGAAUCAUGAGAUUUGAUCAUAAACAUGAAUGUUUUUUGCCAAAAAUAACUCAUUUAAAUCUUUUUGUGUAAUAUCUGAGCUUCAGGAAAAUGAAUUGCAAAGUAAAUUGAGACGACCACAAUGGAGGAAAGAUGUAAUAACUUGCCUUUAUAUUGCACCUCUGACCCUCCCAAGUUGUCUCAAAUAAUGCAGGAAAGCACUUUUAAUUUGGGGUGUAGUCGGUUGUUGUGUAGGAAAUGUGACAGUCACUUGCACACAACAUCUACAACCAGCACUGGUGAUGGCGCCAAUGAUACUGACAACAGUGAUGUUUCAUUAGGAAGCAAGCAGCCUCUACAUAGGCCACUGAGGCUCAGUGGGUGACUCCAAGCCACUUAGAAUAGAGGGCCAGGCUUGGAUAAGCUGAAGUUACAUUAAGCAAAACAAUCCACUUGAUUAAAGCAGAAUAUAUGAUAACUGAAGCAUAAGCUAAACUGGGCUAAAGUAGUCAGAUUGUCGCAAGGUUUGUGAAGGUUUGUAGCUCAGCUUGAGGUUUAGGGUGUAAGUUUGCUCGCUGAGCUGUAGGUUUGAUAUCCAGACGUUUCAUUACCUGGCUAGGUAACAUCAUCAGUGGGGACCUCCAAGUGAAGCAAAGCUGUUGUUUCCUGCUUUCUAUUUAUAUCUGAAUUUUAUAGAUGAUGUUGACUGAUGUUACCUAGCCAGGUAAUGAAACGUCUGGAACCAAUGUCGUCUAUAAAAUUCCAUGCAAGGACUGCCACAAACACUACGUAGGACAAACAGGAAGAAAGUUAGCCACCAGGAUGCACGAACACCAGCUAGCCACAAAAAGACGCGACCCUCUCUCCCUCGUAGCCUUACACAUGGAUAAAAAAAGCCACCAUUUCGACUGGGACAACACAUCUAUCCUGGGACAGGCUAAGCAAAGACAUGCCAGAGAAUUCCUAGAGGCCUGGCACUCCAACCACAAUGCCAUAAACAAACACAUAGAUCUAGAUGUCAUCUAUCAUCAGAAAACGAACAGGAAAUGACAUCGCCACAAACCCCAGGAACCCCAUCCAGGAGAAAGAUAUAAAUAGAAAGCAGGAGGCAACAGCUUCGCUUCACUUGCAGGUCACCACUGAUGAUGUUACCGAGCCAGGUAAUGAAACGUCUGGAUAUCAAACCUACAGCCCGUAGUCCGAUUGUUUCACAGGCCCUGACUGCAGACUCUCUGUGAUGGAAUGCAGCUUGGCAGUGAGAUUGUGGGUCACUUUUCUGAUGUGUUGUCAUCAUCUGUACUUCCUCAGCUGACAACUUACCCAGGAAACCUCACUAGAACAGCAAUGGUUCUUCCUUGUGUUUUAACGACUCUUUUCUUUUUCUACCAUGAGCAAUGUUCCAUCGAGGUGUCUGGAAAGCAGAGCUGACCAUAGACGUUCCAUAGGUUUGUUCUUUAUAACUUUUCAGUCACCUGGAGAAACCAAGGUCCUACCAGCUGCUGCACUGAGGCAGACAAACAGCACAGGGUGUGUUCCAGCCUGGGCCCUGGUUUGAGUAUCUUCUGAAUAGAGAGGAGACACAGUCAGUCCAGGCUCUUGUUCAUGAGCCAACCAUCUCUGGUCUGAAUAGGAUGGGCCUGGACUCUGAUACUCUCUGCAAUUGAUUACUGCACUGGCCUUUACUAGUUAGACUCAUGAGAAAUGCAACCAACUUUGCGUUCUGAAGGACCGUUUUGCAAAACUUAGUCCCAGUAAAAGAUAAGGAAAUAUCAGUUAACAUUUCAUCCUGAAUUACUUUAUUUAGAACACUGGACAUUGGACAUGUAGAUAAUAAACUAUUGAGUGAUUUAUUAAUAAAGGCGCAGUUUACUCCUUUAAAGCUUCUGCAAAUAUACAUAAUAAAUUAUAUAUUUUUGUGCAGAUCUACAGUUGAAAUUUAUUUUUAAGAAUAUUCAGGUUAUUCAAUCGAAGGCACUUUAAGAUGUAAUUACAGAACUCGCCUUGCUGUUUGAGGACUGUAUUGCUUUCAAAAAAGGCUGAAAUAUUGUGCAGUUAAUUUGUUUAAUUCCUGUUUUCUUUUAAACUGUUUGCUUGUAAAGCAGUAUAUACCUGGAGUAUUGUGUGCUCAGUCCCUGUAGAAGUUAUUGAUAAAUUUUAUCAGGGAAGCCUUUACAUAAUUUCAAUGCUGAAAUGUCAGUCUUUCACAGAUCUUUUCCUGUUUCGUUCAAAAGAUACAAACUGGAGGUUUCCAUGUUGCAAAAUCCUGGCAGGUCACUCGAGCAACCUAUUUCCAGCUCUGUAACAUUGUGUCCCUUCACCCCCCACGUCAGUAUAUCUGCUGCUGAUAACCUCUUCCUUUGGAAGAGUGGAUGUGGAGAUGGCGUCCUCCUGAUGUUCUGCCCUUGAACUGUGAAACCGUGCUGCUUGGCUGGGGAUUGCCCAUUGGGCCUGCGCUUGCUGACCCAUGUUGGCUCCUGUUGAAGCGAAUCUGUAUUUUAAAACUCAUCCUUAUCCUUAUUUUUAAAAUCCUGCUUUUUUUUUCCUCUUCCCUUUUGAAGAAAGUUGCCCUUGUCCAAUUUUGAUCUAUCUAGAACCUGUAGCUCUCUUUCCUCUUGGAGAUGCUUCCUGUAAAUAAAAGAGAAGCAUUUCCUCCGACUAACGUCGUCUUUAUUCAAAACGGGAGGGAGCUGGAAAGCAGGUCUGUGAAUUUAAGAUCUCUGAAAAUAUUCAAAACUAUUAUUAAAGAAGUUAUAGCAAGGCAUUUGAAUAAGUUGUACAUUACAUCAGACAGUCAACAUCAGUUUGUGAACGGGAAAUAAAUAUUGUUUAACCAAACUCUCGAGUUCUUUGAGGCUGUAAUGAUGUGCUGACACUGAAGGGGGGAGGGGGGGUGGGGUUGAGGGGUGAAUAAACUGUACUUGGAUUUCCAGAAGACACUUUAAUAAGGUGCCAUGUGAAAGGUUAUUGUGGAAAAGAAAAGCACUUGGUGCAGGGGGGACAGCCUAUUGGCAGGGAUACAAGAUUGACCAGCUAACAGGGAAGACUGGGCAAAAAUAGGUAUUUUUGAGGUUGACAAGAUGUAACGAGUGGUGCCCUAUAGGGAUCAGUGCUGUGAUCCCAACUUUACAAUGUAAAUCAAUUACUUAGAUGAAGGUUCAGAAGGUAUGGAAGCCAGUUUUGCAGAUGAAUCAAAAAAGGUAGGAAAGUGAGCGAUGAAGAGGGGUUGUGAAAACACAAACAUCAUAGAUUACGUGUGUGGCAGGGAUCGGGCAAUGGGGUGUAAUGUGGGGAAAAUGUGAAACUAUCAAUGUUAGCAAGAAUAAAAAAGGAUAUGAACUAAAUGGAUGAAGGAUGUAAGGGGCUUUGAAUGAAGGAUGUAAGGGGCUUUGAAUGAAGGAUGUAAGGGGAUUUGAAUGCCUGUACAAGUACAGCAAGUAAUUAAGAAAGUGAAGGGUUUUUUUUUUGACCUAUUGGAAGGGGAAUUAAAAGUAAAAGUGGUAGAGUACGUGCUUCUGUUGUACAGGGCAUUGGUAACAUUGUCGGGUCCACAGUAUAACCUCAUUGACAGGAGGAUAUGAAUGUAUUUCAAACAGACCAGAGAUAGUUUAUUGGACCACUCCCUGGAAGGAAAAGGGUUGUCUAAUGAGGGAAGGGUGGACAAGCUUGGAUUGUAUCUGCUUGUGUAAAUGUGACUUGAUUGAAAUAUGAAAGAUCUUUCGAGGAUUGCAGACAUGUUGUUUGAAAAUGGAAGUAUAAACAGUUUCUUUUUAGUUUUGUUUUGCUAAAGCUGGAUUUGAUACUGUACACAACACUGUGCAGCCAGGCACCAGGAGUCUUUGAAAAGAAAAAGGUAACUAGUCAGCAAUGGCUUGUGGUUUCAAAAUCCUUAUCUUGCUGUUACUCUCCUCCCCUCUGAGUGGAAACAAAGUGCCAAAAGAAAGAGUUAACUCCACCCAAGUCCCCUCCGUAAUCAGUUAAGACAAAAUUGUCGACUGUAGCAUCCUCACUGUGAUAAUAUUGACAAAACUCAAAAAAUGAACAGUGGGGAAGUCCCUUCACUUCUCCUUUCAGUUUGGACUUUGGUUCAUAAACUUUUGUCUUUUUGUCUACAUUUUAUAUCCUUUAUUUACACUAAAAUCAGUUUGUUUCCUCUAUCCUGUCCAUCCAAUUUUGAAGGAAUAUGUUUGUUUGGAUUUAAUGAGGAUAUGGCUUCAGUUUGUAUAUUAUUA